AUGAAUUCUGAUGAUAUCGGUCCCGAUGAAGGGCAUCCGCGCGCUCCCGUCGAGAAUGAGGAAUCAGACCUUGAUGAAAAAUACCCUAAUCGCCCGCGUAAUCAUUCCUCAACGCUGCCCUUCCACGAACUCUUCCAGACCCUUUUCAAUCCGCUGAGCGAGAUCAAAAAAAAGCCCGCGGGGGCUGUCGCGGCUCGUAGGAAAGUCGGGCCCCAUGGACAGUCGGCAGCGAACCUCAAUCCUCUGGAAAGACGACGCGAUGUCAUUGAGCGCUUCAUAUCACGGUGGAGGAAGGAGGUCGGCGACGACAUAUACCCCGCCUUCCGACUGAUUCUCCCGGACAAGGACCGGGACCGGGCCAUGUACGGGAUCAAAGAAAAAGCGAUAGGAAAGAUGCUUGUGAAGAUCAUGAAGAUUGACAAGAACUCCGAGGACGGCUUUAAUCUUUUGAACUGGAAGCUACCGGGGCAAGCAGCCGCGACGCGGAUGGCUGGAGACUUCGCUGGCCGAUGCUACGAUGUUCUCUCGAAGCGGCCGAUGCGGACAGACGUGGGUGACAUGUCGAUUGAGGAGGUGAACGAGAAGCUCGACAACUUGUCAGCGGCUUCCAAGGAGGAGCAGCAGUUACCAAUCCUUGCGGAGUUUUACCGGCGCAUGAACCCGGAGGAGCUUAUGUGGUUGAUUCGAAUCAUCUUGCGGCAAAUGAAGGUGGGGGCGACGGAGCGGACCUUCUUCGAUGUCUGGCAUCCGGAUGCCGAGAACCUGUACAGCAUCUCGAGUAGCCUUCGGCGCGUCUGUUGGGAGUUGCAUGACCCUAAUAUUCGACUCGAUGCUGAGGACAGAGGGAUCUCAUUGAUGCAGUGUUUUCAGCCGCAGUUGGCCCAGUUUCAGAUGCAAUCCUUGGAUAAAAUGGUCAGUAGGAUGAGACCGACGGAGGAUGAUCCCGUAUUCUGGAUUGAGGAAAAAUUGGAUGGUGAGCGCAUGCAGCUCCAUAUGGAGUCGGACGACUCGGUCCCUGGCGGGAGACGAUUCCGAUUCUGGUCAAGGAAGGCGAAGGAAUACACGUAUCUUUAUGGGAACGGCAUCUACGAUGAAAAUGGGUCACUCACGAGACAUCUCAAGGACGCAUUUGCAGACGGAGUUGACAGCUUGAUAUUGGAUGGCGAGAUGAUCACAUGGGACCCUGAGCAAGAUGCUCCCGCGCCUUUCGGUACGCUCAAGACUGCUGCUUUAGCUGAACAGAGAAACCCCUUUUCGACCACAGGUGCCCGACCACUCUUCCGUGUUUUCGAUAUCCUCUAUCUCAACGGAAGAGAUCUGACCGGAUACACUCUUCGUGAUCGUCGCAAUGCGUUGCAAAAAAGUGUGCGCCCCGUCCACCGUAGGUUCGAAAUACAUCCUUACGAGGAAGCCACGACGAAAGAUGAAGUCGAAGUUGCUCUCAGAAAGGUGGUUGCAGAAGCUUCCGAGGGGUUGGUGCUCAAAAAUCCUAGGUCACCGUAUCGUUUGAACGAAAGACACGACGAUUGGAUGAAGGUAAAGCCAGAGUACAUGACUGAGUUUGGAGAGUCGCUGGAUCUCAUUGUCAUCGGCGGGUACUUUGGCUCUGGUCGUCGGGGCGGCAACUUGUCAAGCUUCCUCUGUGGAUUAAGGGCCGAUGACACCCAUGCUUCGCAGGGCUCGAAUGCAUCCAAGUGCUAUUCAUUCUGCAAAGUCGGAGGUGGCUUCAAUGCUGCUGAUUAUGCGAACAUCCGUCAUCACACGGAUGGCAAAUGGGUAGAGUGGAAUCCGAAGAAACCUCCCACCGCUUACAUUGAACUCGCCGGCAAAGAUGCGCAAUAUGAGCGACCCGACAUGUGGAUUAAGCCAGAAGACUCGGUCGUCGUCUGCGUCAAGGCAGCAUCCGUCUCUGUCAGUGAUCAGUUCCGUAUCGGCCUGACAUUGAGAUUCCCGCGAUUCAAAAGACUACGCAUGGAUAAAGAUUGGAGAAGUGCUCUCUCUGUACAGGGAUUCCUUGACCUCAAAUCAAACGUGGAACAGGAGCAUCGCGAGAAGGAGUUUAGCGUGGACAAUUUUCGUCGCAAACGCAUAAAGAGAACGACGAAGAAACCUCUGGCUGUUGCUGGUUACGAUGCAGACGAAGAGGCCAAGUAUGCGGGACCGUCCGGUCAUAUAUUCGAGGGGUUGAACUUCUACAUACUCACUGAUGCCAAUGCGCCUGUGAAGAAGUCGAAGCAGGAGCUGGAGCAACUGGUCAAGGCAAAUGGAGGCAAAUUCUACCAAACUAACAAUGCAGCUCCUCACACAGUUUGUAUAGCCGACAGAAGAACGGUCAAGGCUGCCUCACUGCAGAAAAGUGGUAAUGUGGAUAUCAUCAGGCCAUCCUGGUUGCUCGAUUGUGUGAAACAAAAUGAAAUUGAUGCAGGCCUUCCUGAUCUGCUCCUGCCGAUGGAGCCAAAGCACAUGUUCUUCGCCAGACCCGAGAAGCAAGAGGAAGUAGCCGCUAAUGUUGACCAAUUCAACGACAGCUACGCUCGUAAUACCACGAGCGAAGAGCUCAAAAAUGUAUUAUUUCUCCCAAACUGGUGGCUGAGAAAGACAAGUGCUGACUGCUUCAAGACACUGCACCAAAUGAUGAAAGAGCAUCGGUUUAAAGGUUCUCAGUGUCCCGAAGGCAUCGCGAAGCUCACCGAGCGCAUUCAGGAAAGAGUCCAUUCCGGAUACGAAAUACCGUGUGGGUGGCUCUUUAAGGGCUUGACCAUCCUCUUCCAGCAUCGAAGCAUGGAUGAUACAGGAUCCAGCGGUAAUACGGUCCCAUCAGACCACAGUUACCGGCUUCGCUUGGCUAUCAACACAGCACGCUUUGCCGGGGCAAACAUCGCCAGUUCCCCAAACCAAGCCUCGAUUACUCACGUCGUCGUCGACCCGGAAAGCCCAUCCUCAGAAAUAUCUUCGUUACGAGGCACAUGGUCCAAGAAACAAGGGCAAAAAGUCCCGCAUAUAGUCGCUGUCGACUGGAUUGAAGAGAGCUGGAAGGAACGCACGUUACUGGACGAAGAGAGAUUCCAGCCUAAGCGAUCCAAGGCUUGA